AUGAAGGUUUCAGGGUCCUCCGAAGCCCGGCUGUACACCUUCUCCGAUGAGACGAAGCAGAAGCUGCGCAAGUUCCGCCUGGGCACGUCGCGCGCCAACGACCCCCAGGCCAUCCUCUACGAGAUCGACAAGAAGACAUUGGAAAUACGGCCAGUAGAUGGGGAAGUCUUCUCAGACGUUCAGAGCCUUGCGGACGAGCUCCCAGACCACGCCCCGAGAUUUGUCCUGCUCAGCUACCCCCUCACACUCGAUUCGGGAAGGUUAUCCGUGCCUUACGUAAUGCUAUUUUACCUGCCUGUCACUUGCAACAACGAAGUGAAGAUGCUGUAUGCCGGUGCGAAGGAGCUGAUGCGAAAUACCGCCGAGGUGGGAAGGAUCAUUGAGAUUGACAGCGCGGAGGACCUGGACGACAUUGAGACGAAGCUGAAGGAACACGCAUGA